UUCUUCCUGAUCCCAGAGUUACUAGAAAUGAUUCUCCUUCAUCUCAACAUGCGCGAGUUGCUCUUAUCAUCUCGCGUCUGUCGCCAUUGGUACAAUGUCAUCCAACAAUCCAGCCGAAUUCAGAGAGCAUUGUUCUUCCGCCCCAGCCUCCCGCGCGCCGCAAUCGGUGAACCGGGGCUGAAGAACCCACUGGUGCGGGACCAGAUAUGGGACGAAUUCUUCGUCCGCGUACUCGACUCGCGUCGGCGACCCGGGAACGAAAGACACCAUCUCCCGAAGAUGAGAUCCCGCAAGCGGGAAGAGGCGUAUCUGCGCCCUGAAGCCAGCUGGAGGAGGAUGCUGCUGCACCAGCCGCCUACCUCAUUCAUCCGGUUCCUGGAUCCAGAUUGGUGCUGGUCGGUGCCGGGGAUCCCAUACAGCCAUGCAUAUUGGUCGCAGCCGGCGGCGGAGCAUGGGGCCAUCACGCUGGGCGAUCUGGAGCGGCUGAUCGACGCCGGGGCGAUUGUGCCAUCGGCCAGGCCGUUCGUU